CCACCCUCUCUCUCUUCUUCUCUACCUUCCUCUCAAAGUCUUGCUCAUGGCCGUCCCCUCUCUCUCUCUCGCCUGACCGCCUGGCCCUCCCGCAAUGGAUCUCUCCCUCCACGUCCUCCCCGCCGGCGCAGUCCUGCUCCGCGACGACUUCAGCGUCCAUUUCCUCGCACCGGCCUCCCUCCUCCCCCAGCGCAAGCCGGCCUCGUUCGACGCUCUCGCGGCCCUCUACCCUCGUCCAUGCGACCCUACUGCCUUUGCCUGCGUGCAGCACUCACCCCAUCUCGCUCUAUCCGUCUGGCGCUAUGAUGUAGGCGCCUCUCCCGACGAUCUCGUCCGUGUCUGUUCUCCCACCUCGGUCUUGAUCGACGACCUCGCCUCGCCCUCCCUCUCCCUUCCCGACCAGACCAAAGCCUGCUGCUGGAGCCACGAUGGCCGGACAAUUCUUUGUGCCCUCCCCGCCGGCUGUCUCGCCCUCAUCGACCUAUCCGCUUCCCUUGGAGCCACCUCGCUGCCUUCAACCAAAGCAGAUCCCACCAUUGACAUAUUCACCACCCCCGACGGCUCUUCUGCGAUCGCCCUCUCCGCCAGUCCGCACGACCCGACCGUUUUUGCUAUCGCAUGCGUCUCUGGCCGCACCUUCCUCUGCCGUCUCUCCUCCGACGCCCCUCCCGCUUUACCUCCCCGCACUCUCGGCACCUCCCCUCCCCGACAUAUAAAAAGCUUAGACCUCGUUCACACCUUACCACCAGAUCCACAGCAGCACCAAUCCUCCAGCACAAGCAACUUUCGUCGUGUCGUCUCCCUCGCAUUUCAUCCUACCUCGGUUGAUCCUGAAGCCUUGAUGCUCGCAGUCUGGCUCGAGCCCCGCCGUCGAAGCGUACCGAUUCAGUCUGAUAACAGCGAUCUGAACGCUCCCCGUGGUGCCGAAACGAAAGGAGACGAGGAUCAUGAGAUUCAGCUUUGGUGCGUGAAUACUGGCAAGUCGGUAAACCUAAUUCGAAGGUUGCAUCCUGGUCUGCCGGGCGCAGAAACCCCUGGUAUGCCCAGUUUGAAGUGGAGUAAAAAUGGGCGCGUUGUCCAUUUUAUCGAAAACCUGAUUGUGAUUUACGAUGUGAGGAGGAAUAACGGCGCGCGAGACAAGAUAGCGACCAGACCAGGCACUCGUAUAAUAACUAUGGACCUGCUACGCGAAACCGGAGUUGCCUGGGUAGUCGACUCGUCGAUGACGCUCCACGUUUACGAUCUGCUUCAGUGCACCGAGCAUACGCGCGUAAACAUAGGGCCCGCGGAAUCGCAAUCUGCGCAGCAAGAUCUACAGGAACCCUUACAGCUAAUACAGACCCCCAAGCACUCCACCUCGCCUAAUAAGCCUGCUGGAGUGCAUCAGAUUGAAGAGGCUCAGCGACGGGGGAUUAACACUCCUCCACCUUUACUGCCGCCGUCGUCUGCGGGCUCAUCCCACCUAUCGCCGCAGCGGCAUCGGUCUUCGCCAAGCUCUCGAUCAACGCGGUCAUCGUCUUCAAGAAAUGGCAGCCUGCGACGACAAUCGUCAUCAGAUUUGUUUGCGUAUUACAUGGAUCAACAAUCGCCUGAUCAACCCGACGAUCAGGUGCUGCUAUCGGCGCGAAAUUCAAAGUUUGAGAAAGAUGCCCAGCAGGAUGUGGAUGUGGGGUCAGUGCCGACACCAGCACUUGCGCGAAACGACGUUUUUGCAGACAUGCUGCCGCACCCAACGACUGCGAUCAGAGCAACCUCGCCGAUAUGGACAUAUAUGGAGCCGAAUAUGCUAAAGACGACUGCUGAUGGUCCAACUGCGACAACGAUCACGACCAAUGCCGGGACAGGAGCAGCAUUUCCUGUCGUAUCGAUUCCAGAUCAACAUAGUUUGGCGGUACAGGAGUUGCUUUUACAGAAAGAGCAGCUUGAGUUGCAGGAGAGGCAGCAGCAGCUACAGGCGACUCAGCAAUACGCGCAGAGGUCGCCUAACUACUACAGCUCAGCGUCGACACCAAGCACGCCAGCCGAAAUCGAGCCAGCGCUUCCUGAACCUAUUCUACCAGACUGUUUAUUUUCAAACGUGGGCGAGCUUAUGCAGGAGUCGCCUACUGGUCUUGAGUUUUCAAAGACAGGCCCGGUGGCGAAACGCGCAUUGCUCGAGAUACUCUUUGGAUGGCCUCCAGCAUUUGCGGGCGACAGUGUACGUGAUGUUGUGAAGUGGGAGCUUGAGUCAUCAGGUGGAUUAAUUCCAGGUAGCGGUGACAGCAUAGGCAGCAGCGUCAGCAGUAUCAAUGGCUCAACGCAGACGUUUAUGCGGAUGGUUUUGAAUCUAUGGCUGCGGCGGUACGAUGAAGCGGAGUCAUACUCUGCGCUGGCUCCAUCGGAUAUUGUUGAUGAAUUUGGAGAGACACUAUCGGCUAUAAUGGGAAAUCCAACAAGUCGAGCUAUGACGGUGUCGAUGUCAUGGUUAAUUUUUGCGAUGCAUUUGGUAGGGGCACGAGAUAGAGAAGAAGGAAGUGAAUUGGACACGAAGAAAGCCAUGAUCAAAAAAUUUACGGAUGAGGUGUUGUUUCGGGAUAAAGAGAGUUACGGAGAUGAUGUCGAAGCCGUACAUCUUGCUACCGCGAUGAUGAUUGGAUGCGGACUGGUAUUGGAAGCCAGGGAAAUUUUCCGCGAGAACGCGUACUACUUAGAGGCGACAAUUCUGUCUCUUUUGUUUAGUUUGCCGCUCGACGAGGUGCUAAGCGAAUGGGCGACUCAGGCUGCAGAAACUGGCGCUGAGCGAAUUCAGAUCAGGUGUCGUAAUGCACUUUCAUAUUUGGAAUUGGCAAAGCGGCAGCAGUCUGCACCGUUGGAAUCAACGGAGCCACUCUUCCCACGAACGCCAGUGAGUGCUAAUACGACGCAUCAUGCGACGAAGGCGCCGCUUCAGAGGGCGGCGACAGACACGACUACAAGCACCGUUAAAAGUAUUGCGGCAGUGAGCAGUAGCAAGAGUACGGUCUCGUCGCCAACAGAAGUACCCGAGUUCGAUAGAGCACCGGCAAAGACAUCACCUGGCGCUGCUGAAUCAGUAACUACGAGCGCGGAGGAUCAAGCGAGCAUUUUAGCAGCAGCGAGGCCGGGAGCUACUCCAGCGACGUCUUCGUCGCGCUGGCGAAGACCGGAUCUGAGCAUUCAGCUGUUUAAGGAAGAUGUUACGUCGUUCCCCGCCCGCAGCGACUCUCUGCGAACUACAGGCUCAUCGUCGUCGCGAACAGCAGCCGCAGCAGCGGUUGCAUCGCUCGCGGCGUCGCGGACAAAGGCGAAGUCAAAGCCAACGAUCCAGGUGCGUGCGCCGCGGGAGACGUCAACAGCGGCGACGGUGACGGACGAGAAGUCGCUGAUGCGGGUGUCCUCGAACAUCACACGCGAGCGCACGAUAAUCAGCACGGAAGCCGGGUCGUCGGCAGCAGCAGCAGUGGCAGCAGCGAGUGAUGCGCGAGCCAGGAAGACCGCGGGCGAGGUUACUCCUGACCCUGAGUCCGUCGGAUCUGAGCCGCACGACGUGGGGCCCGAAUCGGCGAUGGCAGGCGAGCGGGGCAAUUCGGCGAUAUCUUCGUCCGAAGGCACGCGGCCUGGAGCAUCUGCGACGACGACGACGUCGUCGGCAGGAGCUGCGACAGAAUGCGCGACGAAUGCGGGUUCAGGAACAGCAGCGGGCGGGUCGUCGACGUUGGAGAGACGGCCCACGUUUCUUCGAAGCGGCAUGAAACGUUUACUCAGCACCGGAUCGAACUACAACAGCAACAACAGCAAUAAUAAUAACAACAGCAACAAUACUAAUAGCAGCAGCGGCACUGGAAGCAACACCAACACCAGUAGCAGCAACACCAACAACAACAACAAUGGCGGCGCCGAAAGCUCGUCGUCGUCGUCGUCUGGUGGAUCAAUUUGGCGCCGUCUGGGCACCGGGUCGGAGAAGCGUACCCUCUUCCGUUCGGGCUCAGAGCAGCGAGCACACGAGCAGGCGCUGAUAGAUAAGAGUAGCACUGGAUCCGCGUCGGUUCUGGCCGCAGCAGCGGCAGCGGCAGCAGCAGCGUCGGCAGGAGGAGCAGGGGUAGGAGUAGGAUCAGACGCGAGCAGCGCUGACCGGAAGCGCGGGCAGCACCACCACAGCCGACGGCGGUCGACGGUCGCGUUCAAGAGGAUGUAGGGAUUAGCAACGAUCAAUAAUCAAUUCCACAAGCACCACGCCGCUAUUAUACGUCCGAAGAUAAGAUUGAUCGCAGUUGAGCAACUCCGCUGGGCUCUGGUCGGCGUUAGGCUGACAGGGAACAAGUCCGCUGGGAGGUUUGGCGCUGGUCGCGGUGGAGGUCGGCGGUAAGAUUUAAGGUUUAGACCUUUAGCUUUGACCCGGGUCCGACCCCCGCUUAUUCGGGUCCGGGUCAGCGUCACCCCGCACUUAGCGCUCUUGCUCGCGUCACAGAUUUGGCUCUCCGCCCGCCCGGGACCAACAUAUUUAAGCUGCCCGAUGCCCCGGUUGCUCGA